AGCGGAAGUGACGUCGCGUUGUCGGAUUUUGACAGCUGCCAGUCAACAAUUUGUGCUCGUAUAUCGUUAAACUGUACGAAGCUAUAGACAUUUUGUUCGUGACGUUGUCCCCCCUAUAGCUUAGUGGUUGACAGAAAGUCCGGGAUAAUUGACUUCAUUACGAGAAAUGGCCUGACUCGAUAGAUGGCCCUACCCCCUGGACACGAUCUCUAACCGUUACUGCUGGUAGUGCGGGACGACGGCGAUAAUAACGACGAUGCCACCGUUGCUGCGACCACUUCGCAGUCUGCUCGCACUCCGUUCUACCAGCCAACGGACACUCUCCGCUCCCACUCUUGCGUUGCGGGUAUCCUUCUGCACCUCCGGACCCCUCCUCAAGCACACCAACCUCCCACCACGUCCUAAGCCUCCACCAGAGGAGGAAAUCGAGGAGGCUUUCCUGAAGGGUAGCGGGCCGGGAGGGCAGAAAAUCAACAAAACCAACUCCGCGGUCCAGCUCAAGCACAUCCCCACCGGCCUCGUCGUCAAGUCCCAAGCCACGCGCUCGCGGAGCCAGAACCGGAAGAUCGCGCGGCAGCUGCUAGCCGACAAGCUCGACCAAAUCGCGCGCGGCGACCAGAGCCGCUCCGCCGUCGUCGGGGAGUUCAAGCGCAAGAAGAAGGCCAGCUCCGCCAAGAAGAGCCGGAGGAAGUACCGGAAGCUGGAAGAGGAGAAAGCUAGGGCUGCGGGGGAAGAGACUUUGGAGGGAGAGGAAGAAGUAGACGAAGAAGACGGCGAGUAUGAGGAAGAUGCGCCGGAUGAAGGAAAAUCGAAUGUUCCUAGGUAAACCAAAUGAAUACAAUCCAUUGACUUACUCAAA